ACCAGCGGACUGAUGGGGUUCUGUGGCCACGAACGGAACGGCGCGCUUACGUAGCAAAAGAAGACCGGAGCCUGGCUGAAGAGAAGGGGCUGUGCUGUCAGAACCCCGACUGCAUGGACAAGGGGCGGGCGGCUAAGGUAUGCCACCACGCCGACUGCCAGCAGCUGCACCACCGGGGCCCCCUCAGCCUCUGCGAGGCCUGUGACAGCAAGUUCCACAGCGCCAUGCAUUAUGAUGGGCACGUCCGCUUCGACCUGCCCCCACAAGGCUCUGUCCUGGCUCGGAAUGUGUCCACCCGGUCAUGCCCCCCGCGCACCAGCCCUGCAGUGGACAUGGAGGAGGAGGAGGAGAGCUCUGUGGAUGGCAAGGGGGACCGGAAGAGCACAGGCCUGAAGCUCUCCAAGAAGAAAGCCUGGAGGAGACACACAGAUGACCCAAGCAAGGAGUGCUUCACGCUGAAAUUUGACCUGAACGUGGAUAUCGAGACAGAGAUCGUACCAGCCAUGAAGAAGAAGUCGCUGGGGGAGGUACUGCUGCCAGUAUUUGAAAGGAAGGGCAUUGCGUUGGGCAAAGUGGAUAUCUACCUGGACCAGUCCAACACGCCUCUGUCCCUCACCUUUGAGGCCUACAGGUUCGGGGGACACUACCUGCGGGUCAAAGCCAAGCCAGGGGACGAGGGGAAGGUGGAACAGGGGGUGAAGGACUCUAAGUCCCUGAGUCUGCCAAUCCUGCGGCCAGCCGGGGCCGGGCCCCCCACCCAGGAGCGCGUGGACCUGCAGAGCCGCCGGGACAGCCUGGACAUCCUGGCCCCUGGCCGCCGACGCAAGAACAUGUUGGAGUUCCUGGGGGAGGCGAGCAUCCCUGGGCAGGAGCCCCCAGCGCCCUCCAGCUGCUCUCUGCCCAGCGGCAGCAGCAGUGGCGGCAGUGACAGCUGGAAGAACCGGGCGGCCAGUCGCUUCAGCGGCUUCUUCAGCUCAGGCCCCAGCACCAGCGCCUUCGGCCGGGAGGUGGACAAGCUGGAGCAGCUGGAGGGCAAGCUGCAUGCCUACAGCCUCUUCGGGCUGCCCAGGCUGCCCCGGAGGCUGUGCUUUGACCACGACUCGUGGGAGGAGGAAGGUGAUGAAGAGGAGGACGAGGACGACGCCUGCCUGCGGCUGGAGGAUAGCUGGCGGGAGCUCAUCGACGGGCACGAGAAGCUGACCCGGCGGCAGUGCCACCAGCAGGAGGCGGUGUGGGAGCUCCUGCACACAGAGGCCUCCUACAUUAAGAAACUGAGGGUGAUCACCAACCUGUUCCUGUGCUGCCUUCUGAAUCUGCAAGAGUCAGGGCUGCUGUGUGAGGUGGAGGCGGAGCGCCUGUUCAGCAACGUCCCGGAGAUCGCGCGGCUGCACCGCGGGCUGUGGGGCAGCGUGAUGGCGCCGGUGCUAGAGAAGGCGCGGCGCACGCGGGCGCUGCUGCAGCCCGGGGAUUUCCUCAAAGGCUUUAAAAUGUUCGGCUCCCUCUUCAAGCCCUACAUCCGAUACUGCAUGGAGGAGGAGGGCUGCAUGGAGUACAUGCGGGGCCUACUACGCGACAACGACCUCUUCCGGGCCUACGUCACGUGGGCCGAGAAGCACCAGCAGUGCCAGCGGCUGAAGCUGAGCGACAUGCUGGCCAAGCCCCACCAGCGGCUCACCAAGUACCCGCUGCUGCUCAAGUCGGUGCUGAGGAAGACCGACGAGCCGCGCGCCAAGGAGGCCGUCGUCACCAUGAUCGGCUCGGUGGAGCGCUUCAUCCACCACGUGAACGCGUGCAUGCGGCAGCGACAGGAGAGGCAGCGGCUGGCGGCCGUGGUGAGCCGCAUCGACGCCUACGAGGUGGUGGAGGGCAGCAACGACGAGGUGGACAAGCUCCUGAAGGAAUUUCUACAUCUGGACCUGACGGCACCCAUCCCUGGCGCCUCCCCUGAGGAGACACGCCAGCUGCUGCUGGAAGGGAGCCUGAGGAUGAAGGAGGGGAAGGACAGCAAGAUGGACGUGUACUGCUUCCUCUUCACCGACCUGCUCUUGGUGACCAAGGCAGUGAAGAAGGCAGAGAGGACCAAGGUGAUCAGGCCACCGCUGCUGGUGGAAAAGAUCGUGUGCCGGGAGCUUCGGGACCCCGGGUCCUUCCUUCUCAUCUACCUGAACGAGUUCCACAGCGCUGUGGGGGCCUACACGUUCCAGGCCAGCGGCCAGGCUUUGUGCCGUGGCUGGGUGGACGCCAUCUACGAUGCCCAGAACCAGCUUCAGCAGCUGCGUGUGCAGGAGCACCCAGGCAGCCAGCAGCACCUGCAGAGCCUGGAAGAGGAGGAGGAGGAGGAGGAAGACGAGGAGGAGGAAGGAGGGGAGAGUAGCACUUCGGCUGCCAGUUCCCCUACCAUCCUGCGCAAAAGCAGCAACAGCCUCGACUCGCAGCGCUGUGUCUCGGAUGGCUCCACGGAGACCCUGGCCAUGGUGGUGGUGGAGCCUGGGGAGAUGCUGUCCUCUCCCGAGUUCGAGGGCGGCCCCUUCAGCUCCCAGUCAGAUGAGACCUCUCUCAGCACCAGCGCCUCAUCUGUCACGCCCACCAGCGAGCUGCUGCCCCUGGGCCCGGUGGAUGGCCGCUCCUGCUCCAUAGACUCCGCCUACGGCACCCUCUCCCCGACCUCCCUGCAAGACUUUAUGGCCCCAGCCCCUAUGGUGGAGCCAGCACUCCGGCCCCCAGCGCCAUCACAAGCCCCUUCACCCCCACCCUCGCCCCGCCUCCGCCGACGCACUCCUGUCCAGCUGCUGCCCUGUCUGCCCCACCUGCUCAAGUCCAAAUCUGAGGCCAGUCUCCUCCAGCUGCUGUCGGGGGCCACCACCCGUGGCGCGCCCCCGGCCCCUAGCCGCAGCCUGUCGGAACUCUGCUUGGCUGCUACCGUCCCUGGCACCAGGACUCAGGGCUCCCCUCGGGAAGCUGGGCCCAGCUGGGAUUGCCAGGGGGCGCCAGGCCCUGGCAGUGGCCCCGAGCUGUCAGAGCUGGAGGGUAGAGCCGGCUGCCCAGGUGGGGAGCCCAAAGGACCCACCAGGAGGAGCAGAGAGCUGUCCUCGGGGGCCUCGCCCAGGGUCCAGCCUGAGCCCCCCCCAGGGACCUCUGCCCAGCACAGGAAGCUGACGUUGGCCCAGCUCUACCGAAUCAGGACCACCCUGCUGCUUAACUCCACCCUCACUGCCUCGUGA